AAUAGUGAAAAAAUAAUCAUAAAUAUGGCAAAAGUUGAAAAGAAAAAACAAGAAUUCAAUGUGGAAAUAAACCAAAAUCGUAUAAAUUACUUGUAUCAAUUAAGUACAGCUCUAGCUGAGCAAUGUCCUGGCUUAUCAUCAACAUAUAACAAUAUACUAAAAGGUUUAUCUCAAAAAAGUUUACUAAGAGUUGAUCCAGAAAUGAAAAGAAACAUCUGUAAAGGUUGUGAUACUAUGCUUAUACCAGGGAAAACAGUAACAUGUCGUACAAUAAAAAAGUCCAAAGGUACAAUUAAAUGGUCAUGCAAUUUUUGUAGAAAGUCAAAGAUAUUUAGAAAAAAUAAUAACAAUUGUUUAUGGUCAGAAGAUCCUGAUUUUUUGUUACAAACUAUUACUUAUGAUUAAUAAAAUAAAAUCAUUUUUUACCUGUUA